AUGGCUAUAUUUAGUUUUGAAAGUGUUCUAUCUAGCCAGUUCCAUCUCACGUUCCUGGCACUUAUCCUGGGAAGCAGCGUGUUGGACUCUACCCAGGGUAUGGACUUGCAUCGACUCAAUAAAAGAUGUCACUUCCAAAGAGACAUGAAGUUUCCAUCAGUGAUCUCCGUCACCUUGAACGUCACUGGACAAUCUCAGCCUCAUGGACCCAACGUGGCGAAGCGUUCCCUCUCUCCUUGGGACUACAGCUAUGAUGUCGAUUACAACAGAUACCCUCCCGUCAUUCCGGUGGCAAAAUGUCGCCACAGCAGUUGCGUGAACUCAGAUGGUGACUUAGACAACAGCGGGAAUUCCGUCCCAAUCAAGCAGGAGAUGCUGGUCCUUCACCGCGAGAUGAAGGACUGCAAAGCGAUCUUCAGGAUGGAGAAGAAGAUGAUCACCGUGGGCUGCACCUGCGUCCGUCCCAUCAUCCAACAUCUAGUAUAACCCGUCCGAUGUUUACUUUGAACAGAAGAUAUAGCAGUAAUGGGAAUAUUUCCUGGUAAAAUUAGAUGCAUUUCACAAAUGUAUCAGAAGAGUAACACUUAUAAAGUGUGAAACUAUAUAUGUACGAAUGCAUGUUGCAUUUUAGAAAGUAUUAAUUUGUCUUACCGUGUAUUUAUAAAACGAACGCAUCUUCCGGAUAUUUAUUCUUAUUUGUUUUAAUUGUACUUUGAACAUUUUAAUAAAGAUACAAAAAAAAAAAAAAG